AUGUCAACGCAACGCCAAGAUUCGCAGCACGAAACCACACGGGGCGCUGUCAGUACCAAAGUGGUAAAUAGCGACUCCUCGAUGAACCUAGAGAUGGCCUACGACUAUGCAAAGCACAUGAACUCAAGCGAGAGGAGUGCGCCCAUGCCAGACACAAAGACGCUCGGGAUGGAACAGGACGGCAAGCCAUUCAUCACACUCACAUCCUAUAACUGCGACUCCACUUCUCGUUCCCCAGUCGAAUCCCAGCCACUGGUGCAUCUCUUCAAACCCAUCAGCGAAGAUGAGAUACGCAACCAUACGGCCCAUAUAACUUCGACAUCCCGUGCCGAGGAAGAGAAGGCGGCACUUACGCAGUUGAAUGCAGAGUUGGACGCGCAUUUCCAAGUUCUACAGAGCGAGUUUGAGUGCAAAAGGGGAAUCAGCUGGACACCGUUGCGGCCGUGGGGUAAUGAAGAGUGGGAGUGGAGCGAUGAUGGCCGUGAUGAGGGGGACGAUGUGUUCGACUGGUCCUGA